UAUCAAACGUAGCUAUUUUAGCGCACUUCAGUAUCAAACGCACAGAUCAACAGUGCUGAGAACAAUUCGGUUUGGUUCAUUGUUAACCUCUUCGCAAAGCACUUUCAUUUUGUUAUUUCAUUCAGAUAAUAAAUGGAUAAAGAGAUAAUUCAGUGAAUUUUGUGGACAUUUGUGUAUGUGAUAAAAAAAAAGUGUUAAAAUAAUCAUCGAAUUAUAUUGAUUUUGUGUUUAAAGCUGAAAAAAAAAGAGCUUAAAAUCGAAAAAUCAAGUUUGAGAGUAAGGGAAAAUGAUGCAACAAAUCCUGAUGAAGUUGGUCGGGUUAUGGGUUGCAUUUUUGCUUGCAACUUCAGCGGCUACAGUUAGUCCAUCAAUUUUACCCACUGAAAACACCAAAUUAACACCAUCCUCGUCGGCAUUGGGACCAGUUUAUCGCGAAGCACGUGACUAUAAUGGAUACGAAUCCGGUGGCGGCUAUAAUUACCGCUCAUAUGAUCGACCACAGCAAAGCAGGUGCAUCAGUUGUUUAUAUGCAGCGAUGAACGGCAAUCAAGAUAGGAACAGGUAUUAUGACUCCUUUUAUUACAAUUAUAGACCGGGGUAUUCAUCAUAUGGAAUGAUGCCAAUUCAUGCACCUCAGCGUGAAACUGAAGAUCGAAAUUGGUACUAUCAAUCGGAUGAUCGCAAUCGAAACACACAAUAUGAAAAUCGGUACCCACAACAAAAUCGGUAUGACUAUAGUAGACCUGGUGCCAUGCCUGGUGCUGGCGGUUCCGGUGUUUCCGGUGGUUCCGGUGGAUAUGAUCGAAAUGAUUACAGACAAAAUUACCAAGAUUAUCGAGGAAAUGGAUACGACAACCGUGAUCCCGCAUACUAUUCGAUGAAAGGAAACAAUCGUGGUGGCUAUGGCAAUCGUGAUGGUUCAUAUGAAUCAUACUAUGACGAUCGAAUGUCAAAUCGUGGUUAUAGCAGCAGUGCUGGCUAUAGUGGCAGCAGUGCUGGGUAUGGUGGCAAUAAUUAUUAUAUGCGACCAAGUUAUCAGAGCUCUAUGUACGACCAAGAUCGUUACUAUGGACAGGGACGACCAUAUGAAAGACCAACGCGUCCAGAAUAUUACGACAAAAACAUGGGUUACGGCAGCUACAGUGGAUAUAGCGGCAAUCGAGGCGGUGGACAAAAUGCCUACGGAUAUGAAGAUAAUAAUUUCCGUCCAUGGGAUCAAACUUAUCGAGGUGUAAGUGGUUUCGAUGAUCAAGGCCAUGGUCAUUACUAUGCAAAGUAUCCAAGUAGUCCGAAUGUUCCAUCGCAACCGCCAUUGCCACAAAACAAUCAACACCAACAAGCACCUCCACGACCAUUUCCACAACAACAAGGUGGCCACCAUGAAUCAUCCAGCCAGUCACAACCCACAUAUGGUUCCGAAUCGGUGAGCGGUUCAGGUAAUAGCAACAGUGACAAAGGAUCAUAUGGUGGCAGUUGGAAUUACAUCAAUUCAAAUGACCGAAAUAGUGCGCAUCACGGACAACAAGGUUACGGUCAGUCACAAGAUAAAGAAAAUCAAAGCUCUCCGUACGGUCAAAGGCCUUUAAGUACAAGUUAUUUGUAUGAACGAGACACACCAACGGUCGUUGGUGAGACACACAACGGCGACAAUGGUUCCGAUACCAAUGUAAAUGCCAAUCAAGCAAAACAGGCAAAAGUGACGACAACGAAAAGCUAUGAUUAUGAAAAUUCCAAAACCGAUAGCACCGAUAAAAUAAACACCAUCACAAAAUCAUUCGAUGAAGCAAACACAGUGUCGACUCCAUCAAAGGAUAGCACCGAUCAAUAGUUGGUGCUGUAAACAAUCCAAAUAAGUGUAGACACAUAAAAACGACUUCUUCAGUGGACCCACGAUUUGAUUACAUUCAAUAUUUUCGUUUAUGUUCAAGAUAUUUAUAGUGAACUGAUAGUAAUUCUUUUUUUUUCAUUAAGCACCAGACAAAAUGAAGAUGAAGAAACAGACCAAAAUUUUAAAACAUAUUAUUUAAAAAAAAAAGAAAAAAUCCUUAAUACUUUCAUGCUCUGAAUAUACAAUUGAAAUGUUAAAAAGCAACUUGUGAUGGUCUCUCAACUUUCGUCUAGUUUCCACUGGAAAUAUUUAAUUUAGUUCAUUACGCUAUA